CUAUAAUUUUCAAUUAAAUAAUGUUCAACUUUCGGACAGCGGGUAUUGGUUGUGUGAGGCUGAUGGACAAGUAGCCACAAGCAUGCUGAGAUUAUAUGUUUCAGAUUCUCCUGAUUAUACAGUAACGAAUACCAUCAGCAAUUCACGUACACGCCUCGGAGAAACGAUAACGCUGAGUUGUAACAUUGCGGGUGGAACCGCCAAAGUUGUAAGGUGGUGGCACGAGUUGCACUUCAUCAAGAAAGUCUCUUUCGACAUGGUUACCAGCGGUUGCUCUGCUGUUUUAAAGGGGUACGAAUCAAGAUUAACAAAGAUUCAAUGUGAUAAGAAUAACUAUAAUUUUCAGUUAAGUAAUGUUCAACGUUCGGACCGUGGGCUUUGGUUGUGUGAGGCUGAUGGACAAGUAGCUACAAACUCGCCGAAAUUGGAUGUUUUAGUUCCGCCUGAUGUUGAAGUCAAAAUCAGUAAGACAACUGUGAAUGAACAUGAAUCCGUGCGGUUUGAAUGUGCUACCAGCGGAGGCUAUCCGGAGCACAUCGAGCGGCACCAGUGGCUUUGGAUGAAGAGCGGCUCCACUGUGGAACAGGUUAUCCAAGACUCCGAGACCAGCACGCAGAAUGGGAAGCUUUUCGAGUUCGUGCGCAUACCAUACGAUAUGAGUGGGACGUACUCGUGUAAGGCUUGGAAUCUUGGUGGGAUGGGACAGGCAUGGGUAGUCCUGACUGUGCAUUUUUCUCCUAGAAUAGACCAAGAGGCCAACAUGACGUAUGACGUGGUGGGUGAGAUGGGCAAGGAGGCAUCGUUUGAACUGUUCAUCAUCGCCAACCCGACUCCGGCAACAACUGGUUACACCUGGUCCAAAGAUGACAACAUCCUUUCGAACUCAUCGUCCGAAUAUGAAAUCAUUUCCGGGCCGACGUCGAGCAAGUUGGCCAUCGAACACGUCAAAUCCUCCGAUUAUGGGAACUAUACGUGCUCUGUGAAAACGAGCGGAUUUCAAGCGAAGGUUUUCAAAUUUAAGCUUUUCAAACCAGGUUUAAUAUUUGCAAUACAUUCUGUGACGGGUGUGCUCCAACCGAGGUUGGCAUCUCGCGAUUUCGCAUUCCGCAUCUCGCGGUUUAUAAUAAGCCUUGUCAGUGGGAAGAAACAAGGGUGCGCCUGUUGGUACAGCUUCGAAGAAGCCACCAUCCAAGUUUUAAUUUCGAGGGGGAUCUUGUAG